GUCGUUGGGACUUCUUGAUGGUCCUGGGUUCAUACUUUACCCUGCCUACUGCCAUCCCCCAUCAUCCUGCGGGAGGUUUGGAUUAGGAAGUAAAUUAUCUUCAACUCUGAAGGAACAUCUGAAACAUGAAAAACAUUUGACAAACAAUGCUAUUGGUCAGACCAGUUUUACGUGACAAUAAAUAUUUGGUGGUCUCCUACUCACUACCCCUCUCUAGAGUAAAUUAUUCUUACUGUGGAUUUUUUUCACUUAGCCAUUCUUAGCAUGCUCUGUAUUUACUUAUUUCCAAAGCAGAACGUUUUGGUGCAGCAAUAAUGAAACACAGACAUUCAGUAUACAUUUAGUACACAUAUGGAUGUGACCAUCAUAAUAUCAUCUUUUGUUAAGCAAAACCUCUUGUGAUGAUCCUAUUUUUGUCAGAGAACAAUGUUACAAGUCUCAGAAGAAAUUUGACUAUUAGAUUCUGAUUUAAGAAAUAUUCUGUGUCUGAAAGUCAAACCACCAGAGUUUAUGAUGGGAAAGAAAGAUGAUUCAAAUCAUAAGCCAGUUCUACAUUAUUCAGAUACAGAUGGCUCAGAUUCAGAUUGGACACCAGAUAAAGAGAGAUCUCAAAAUCAUUUAGGGAAAAAAAAGACUUUGGCUUCAUUAGUGCGAAAGAGUAAAUCAAGUCAAAAACAUCAGUCUCCAAAACCCUCUAAAGAAGUGGAAAAUAAGACUAUUGCAAGUGAGAAUGUCGAAAAAACACAGAUGUAUUCUCUAAGAAACUCUAGAAACACCGGCUGCAUAGCAUUACCUGAUGAAGAUGAUUAUAUAUUUUGUCAAGAAUGUUUUUUGGAGUAUGUCGGUGAUUGUCCAGAACAUGGUGGACUCAACAUUGUUUUAGAUGCUGUGGUUCCUUCUGAUAGUAGGAAAGGUAAGGAUGAAGAUUAUAGCAAGAAGACAUUACCAGAAGGACUAGUUAUAAAGUCUUCAGAAAUACCAGAGGCAGGACUAGGUGUUUUUGCUACUAAGUUUUUUCCUUCAAGAACUAGAUUUGGACCAUAUUUGGGGAAAAUAGUAACAAAUAAAAUGGAAGCCCAUAAAUCUGGCUAUAGUUGGCAGAUUUACAAAAAUGGUAAAGCUUCACAUUUUGUUAAUGCUGAUGAUCCCAGCAACUCAAACUGGAUGAGAUUUGUUAACUGUUCCAGAAGUGAAGAUGAACAAUCUGUACAAGCUUAUCAACACAGAGGACACAUUUACUUUAUAGCUCAUAAAGCUAUACAGCCAAACACAGAGAUUCUGGUAUAUUAUGGAGACAGCUAUGCUAAGCUAUUGGGCAUCCCUCUACAGAAAUCAGAACAGAGCAAGAAAAAACAAGCAGAUAAUCAGAAAGGUGAUUUACACUGUAAUUUCUGUCCCUUGGUUUUUGUCAGUUUUCAUUUUUACAUUGAAUCCCAUCUGAAACAUCAACAUCCAGAACAUUAUUGGAAUCUUAUAAACAUGUGCCAAAGAAAAGACACCACUCAAACAGACUCUGAGAAGUGUGAAAUUAGCAAACAAAGUGAUAAAAGCUGUGCUUGCUAUUUAAAAACAAAAAGAUUUGCUUGUAAUAUGUGUGCUAAAACAUUUACAGACUUACAGUCAAUGAGGACUCAUGUCUUUACACACACAGGAGAAAAAACAUUUCAAUGUGAUUUGUGUGAGAAACAGUUUACACAUCUACGUUUACUGAAAAGUCAUAAACUGAUACAUUCAUCAGAAAAACCUUUUGUAUGUAAUAUUUGUGGUGAAGGUUUUAAGCAGACUCAUGUUUGUAGAAGUCAUAAAUAUAGAAAACACAAAGAUUUAAUACAGAAAAGAGUAAGACAAAAAGGUUUAAAAAACAUGAGAAAAGGUAAACGUUUUUUUUGUAAUAUUUGUGAUAAAACUUUUUCAGAAUCAUACUCUUGGAAGGUACAUCAACUCAUGCAUACACAAGAACCACUUCCUUGUGUUGAAUGUGGUCAAAAAAAACACAAUAAAAGCAGUUCUUGCUCUUUGAAUCUGUACACACACUUAUUAAUAGACAAAAGAUUUUCAUGUACCUUUUGUGGUAAGAAAUUUAUAGAAAAGUACACGUUGAAGAGACAUAUCUUAUCACACACAGGAGAAAAACCAUUUCAGUGUGAUGAGUGUGACAGAAGGUUUACACAGCAACGCUUAUUAAAAAGUCAUAAACUGACUCAUGCAUCAGAAAAACCUUUUGUAUGUGAUGUCUGUGGUAAAGGUUUUAAGCAUCCAAGUGCUUGUAGAUUACAUAAAUAUAGAAAGCACAAAGAUUCAAUUCCUACCAAAAUACAUCCCAGAGGUUCUCCUGGAAUAGGAAAAUAUUAUGUAAAGGUAUGUAAUGUUUGUGGGAAACAUUUUAGAAGACUAUCUACUUUAAAACAACACCAGGUCAAACAUACAAGAGAACCAUUGACCUGUGAUGAAUGUGGUAAAACAUUUAGAAAGAUAGAAACUUGGAAAUUACAUAAAAGUUUACAUUCAUGCAAAACAACUUCUCCUUGUGAUGAAUGUGGUCAAAAACAACAUUAUAAAAGCUGCUCCUACUAUAUGAAUCCACCCACAACUUUUAAAUUGAAAGUAAAAAAGUUUACCUGUAACAUGUGUGAUAGAAAGUUAGCAGAUAUGUUUGUUUUGAGGAAACAUUUAUUUAUGCACACUCAAGAAAAGCCAUUUCAGUGUGAUGUAUGCAACAGACAGUUUGCACAGUUACGUUUUCUGAAAAAUCAUAAACUGAUUCAUUCAUCUGAAAAACCUUUUGCAUGUGAUGUCUGUGGCAAAAGUUAUAAGCAACCAAGCUCUUGUAAAAUUCAUGUACUUAGAAAACACCCAGACAUUAAACCUAUUAAAGUAAGACCCAGAAAUAGAAAAGACACAGGAAAACAAUUUCUAUGUGAUGUUUGUGGUCAAGUUUUUGCACGAUCAUUAUUUUUGAAGCAACAUCAGCUGAAGCAUACACAAGAACCAUGUAAAUGUGAUGAAUGUGGCCAAAUAUUUAAAACCAUACAUUUUUUGAAUAGACAUAAAAGUUUACAUUUGAGCAAAACUUUAAUUGCAUGUGAUGAAUGUGGUAAAAUAUUUAGAAAGGCAGACACUUUGAGGAUACAGAAAGGGUUAAAUUCAGGUGUAAAAACAUUUCUCUGUGAUGCAUGUUUUGAAAAGCAACAUAGUAAAAGCUGUUCCCAUAAUUUGAAUUCACAUACACAUUUCAAAUUAAAAGAAAAAAGAUUUGCAUGUAACAUGUGCGCUAAAAAGUUUAUUGAGCUGUACCAAUUGAGGAAUCAUUUAAUUGUACACACUGAAGAAAAACCAUUUCAGUGUGAUGUGUGUGAUAAAACGUUUACACAGCAACGCUUAUUAAAAAGUCAUAAACUGACACAUGCAUCAGAAAAACCUUUUGUAUGUGAUGUCUGUGGUAAAGGUUAUAAGCAACCAAAUGCUUGUAGAAUUCAUAAAUAUAGAAAGCACAUAGAUUUAAUUCCUACCAAAGUAAAACACAAACGUUUAAAAGAUGCAGGAAAACAUUAUGUACCAGUAUGUACUAUUUGUGGUCUAAGUUUUACAAGAUUAUUUGCUUUGAAGAAACAUCAGUUGAAACAUACACAAGAACUACAACCCUGUAAAGAAUGUGGUCAAAAAUGUAUAACUGCAGACACUUUGAUGAUACAAAAAUGUUUACAAUCAGGUCAAAUGCCAUUUUCCUGUGAUGAAUGUGGUAAAAAGUUUAGACUAUUCCGCAAUUUGCAAAGACAUAAGUAUGAUCAUACUGGAGAAAGACCAUUUAAAUGUGAUAUAUGUCACAAAGGUUUCAAGUUUCAAAGUUUAUUGAAAAACCAUAAGUUCAUUCACUUAAAAGAAAAGCCAUUUAAAUGUGAAAUGUGUUGUCAACAUUUUUCAAAUACAUACCAAAUGCAAAGUCAUAUAUUUAAACAUACUGGAAAAAGACCAUUUAAAUGUAAAAUGUGUGGCAAACGUUUCACCUUCAAAACUAAUUGGAAAAAACAUAAAUUUAUUCACUUAAAAGAAAAGCCAUUCAAAUGUGAAAUAUGUGGCAAAAGUUUUUCAGAUGCAUAUCGUAUGCAAAGGCAUUUGCGUAUGCAUAUUGGAAUAAAACCAUUUCAAUGUGAUGUGUGUCACAAAGGUUUUCCUGAGUUGUACCGUCUGAACAAACAUAAAAAAUAUGCAUGCAUAUUGUAAAAGAAUUACAUUAUAUUUAUCUAACAACUAUUGUCUUUAGAAAUAAUAAGCCAUAAAUGAAUCUAAUUCUAUCUUAGAAAUUACAGACGCUCAUUCAAAGUAGAUGAUGAUGAUUAGAACCAAGCUUAAGAAAUGUGUCUUUAUCUUUGUUGUUUUUUUUCUAAGUAUUUUAUUAAGCUGGAUUUUUUUUUUGUAUUUGUAAAUGUGUUUUAUAUAUUAUUGCUACUUUGUUUUUAGUUUUCUGACAUAAUGUGAAGCACUAUCAUUUCUUCUAAUCCUGUAUAAACAAAAAAAAUUGAUGUUAUGUUCUGUAUUUAUAGAUCAUUGUCCAAAUCAAAGUUGUUUUGAAUACGGGCCUAAAGAAGUAAAAAUAAAAGUACAGCCACA